AUGGCCAGACUCUGCCAGAGCCUGCUGCUCCUGGUGGCCACUGUGGCCCUUGUAUCUGGAAGUGUUCAUGCCUGGGGCAGGCCAAAGGUGGUGAGGAAAUUCCAAGACAUCCCUGAAACCUACGUCUAUGUGCAACAAGCACUGUGGUUUGCCAUGAAAGAAUUUAAUAAGACCAGCAAAGACAAGUACAGCUACAAGGUGGUGAAGGUCCUGAAAUCCCAGGAGCAGGUCACAGAGAGUUUGGAUUACUUUCUUGAAGUCAAAAUUGCCCGAACAAUGUGCAAGAAAAUUUCAGGAGAAAAUGAAAACUGCUUAUUACAACAGGACCCCCAAAUGCAAAAGAUGUUUUAUUGCACCUUUAUUGUUGCAACCAAACCUUGGAAAUUUGAGUUCACUAUGCUGAAGAAACAAUGCAAAGAGGUCUAA